AUGGAAGCAACGAGGUAUGCAGUACUGAAGUGUGUGCAACGAAGAUACUUUCCUGAAGAACUGAAAGCGCUACAACGAGGACAGCAGCUGAGAAAGAGCUCGAUAAGACAGCUGGAGCCCUUUCUAGACGCGGAAGGCUUGAUCAGGGUAGGCGGCCGGUUGAGGAGAGCUGCUCUUCAGCAAGAUCGAAUGAAUCCCAUCCUCUUACCCAAAGAAAGUAAGAUCACGGAACUCAUAGUGAGGGAAACACAUGAAGACAAGGCCGGACACUUGGGAAGGGAAUACACGCUCGCUAGAAUACGCGAGACCUACUGGAUCCCGAACUGCCGUAGAGUGCUGGACCGACUAUUACGCACUUGCGUAAUCUGCCGGCGUAACAAUUGGAAGCCUAAUAAGGGACGACCAGCUGACUUACCAGAAGUCCAGGUGAAGUCAGGCGCACCGGCAUUCACAUACGCUGGAGUCGAUUGUUUCGGUCCAUUUAUGGUAAAGCAAGGGGAGGGCCCGGCCCUUAUGAGAUUCGCAGCUCGAAGAGGACUGCCGAAACACAUCCGUUCGGACAAUGGGACCAACAUGAUCGGCGCAUGCCGAGAACUACGUGACGCAGUCAUCAGUUGGAGUAAGGAUGAUAAAGUUAGAAAGACACUCUUGGUGAACCAGAUAGAGUGGCAAUUCAACCCUCCAAGAGCUUCACAAAUGGGCGGCGUGUGGGAACGACAAAUCCGCACCGUGAAAAGGGUUAUGCAGGCGAUAGUAGGCUCUCAACUGAUGGAUGAUGAGCGUCUUCAUACUCUACUCUGCGAAGUAGAAACGGUCAUCAAUGGUAGACCACUCACCCCUUCAUCGAACGACCCCAAUGAUCUUGAAGCACUAACGCCUCGUCACCUCUUGAGAAUGAACUCUAACAGCUUCCCCACUGAAGACAAACCGACGUUGGGAGACACGUAUCGGAGGCGAUGGAAACACGCUCAGUAUAUGGCAGACCAAUUCUGGAAGAGGUGGACUCGAGAAUACCUCCCCACCCUGAGGAAACGGCAAGGAACAUUCAAAUCAGGACACAACCUCCAGCGAGGAGACAUGGUCAUCAUUGCUGAACCGUCUCUACCACGAAACAAGUGGUUGUUAGGAUUGGUUAUAGAAGCCAUGCCGAGUGAAGAUGGUGAGGUUCGCAAGAAUAUUAAUAAUAUCUGUGACACAUUUGAUAUGUGCUCGGGACAGUCAGAGGCUGUGAACGAGUUUCGACCAAAUAUACCAAUUGCGUUGAUUAUCCUGAUCAUCAUCAUCUUCAUCAUCUACCGCCUCCUGCGGCGGUAA